AUGGAUAACACGAAGAAAGAUGAACCAGAAGAUUGUCAUCAAGAUGAACUUGCUGAAUCGAUCGAUGAUCUAUUUAGUAGCAUUUCCACCAUGAUCAAAUCCGAGCUUCAGGGGACAAAUAAUCACCUGGAGUUGUUGGAGAAGAUGAACGUAAGGGUGGGAGAAGAGUACAAAGGAUUUGGUGACUUGGCUUCAGGGUUGAGGGUUUUUGUGGAGCAGUUGAAAUACAAAAGUGGCAACUUCAAUGAAUAUGUUGAGCAGAUUGAUAACAUAGAGAAGCAGGUGACUGAGUUUGAAGCUGUGGUCUCUAUGCUUGACAAGUAUGUCGCUUCUUUGGAAUCAACAGUGCAAUCUGUGUACCAACCCAAAAUCCAUCUUCCUAAUCAACAAUGA